AUGAAUCACUCUGCUUUCCCAUUUUAAAUUUUCCCGUUUCCGUUCUACCAUUGCAUUUGACUUUUUUGUGUUUCCACUCAAUAUAUAGGCACAAUUAGUGUGCAUUUGUUGACUUUUUACAGCUGAUUGUUGUAUUUUUGUGUGAGUGAUGUGAUUUUAAAGUUUUCUUUGGGGAUUACAGCAGAUAUUUCGAAGGGAUUCGGACGAUACGAUAUCCUUCUUUUCACGCCUGGAUUUGCUCAUUUGCAGUUAUAUUUCUUGAAACAUUGUGAGUUUUCUGUUUUCAUGUGAUUCGGGUCGUCAACCUUAGCACGAGAAGAUGUCCCACUGGUUUCAUCGAAAUCCCAUUAAAGCAACGGCACCACAGAAAUUCGAUGUGAAAGGAUGCACGACGGACGGACAGGCUUUGAAACUAUGCGGAGAUCUCCGGCAAUGUCGAGCGCAGCUGUUAACCAUCCUCACAUCACCAUCCCAGAGUGUAGCGGAUGUAGUAAUGGCAUACACCAACUACGUCUCCCUACUGCAAGGUCUACUACAAGCAUGUGAUGAACGCGGCGGGGAAAGUAAACUGCGCUACUUCUACAUGUUCCGCUGGUCCAAUUCCAUUAUCCCGGAUGCUUCCGUGGAGCAGCAGGAUGCCAUGUUUGAGCUGAUUCAUAUUUCCAUCAAUCUGGCACUGUGGUAUAUGAAGCGUGCGGCUUUUGUCGCUUCCAAAGACAGCAUAUCGGUCGAUGAAGCUAAGGAGGUGCAUCGAUGCUUACGUUUGGCGGCGGGCGUUUUCAAAGAAAUGCAGACCAACUAUACCGGCAGAUUACUGGGCGAAACGCCCAAAUCCACCGAUGUGGAUUCCCGGGUUUUGGUGGCGUAUGUUAAUCAGUGUUCCGCCGAAGCCCAAGAAGUGACCAUUGCACAGGCCAUUGAACGGAAGCAUGCACCAGCCCUUAUAUCUGCCCUUGCCAAUGAAACCGCCAAAUUGUUUAUUGGUGCUGAUGCGUCGUUGGCUAAAGUUGAAGAAGUCUACGUGGGAAAAUGGCGCAGAUACCUCCAGUUGAAAGGAGCCAUUUAUGAAGCAUGCGCCUACUGCUACUGCGGUGAAAAUCUUCUAGCGCAGGAUAAAUGUGGGGAAGCAAUAAAGGCGCUGCAAGAAGCGAACAAAGCUUUUGAUUCCUCGCUUGAACUGUGUAAAGAGUAUGCCAAAGCCAAAGGAGUCGGUUCCACUGUGAAGCCGGAGCAACACAUCUUUUUCCGAAACCUACGAGCACGCGUUGAUCGUACUUUGGAGAAAUGCGAACGCGAAAAUGGCAUGAUUUAUCAUCAAAAAGUUCCUGAUGUUCCCCCGGAACUGGAAAUGAAAGCCACCUUCGGCCUGGUUAGUCCAGAAACAUUCACCUUGCCUCCAUUGCAUCCACAGUGGACGCCGGCAACAUACAAAGCCUUCGAUUUGGGCCAAAUCAAACGUGAAAACAAGAAUAACGGAUGGGCCAAGAAAGGAGGCAGUCUUCCCCGUGUUGAAGAAGAGCCGAUUCCUUUUUCCAAAGGCAUGGAAUCAACAUCUAGCGGUUGUUCGAUACAGUAAUAUUCUGGUGUCUUGCUCCUCCUGGUUCGAAUUCCAAGUCAAUGGAUUUAUUCUGACAUUUACCGGUUGGAUUUUGUUGGAAGUAUUUUCUAGCACCUAUAGAAGCAUUAAGGCUCGUGAUUUUUAUUUUUAAAUUUUAGGCAUCUUGUAAGUGAAGCGCCGUAUCUUAAUUACUGCAUAAUGAUUCUGUAUUACUUGCAGAAAUUAUUUUUCACUCAAGAAUUAUGCUUUGAAAGGAAAUGUCUAUGGUUUUUACACCACUAUUAGUUUUUGUGUAUUGUCUGUAUCUAUUGUAUAUGUAAUUUCAAAAUAUUACAGAAAGUUUUCAACGUUUAUUCCGGAGAUUGAACCGUAGUGCAUUUUUACGAACAUGCAUACUGUGAUAAAUACUGAAGAAGCAGUACUUGAAGUACGAGUAGUUACGAUACUUACUGGUUCAUGGAAAAUUGGAAAUAAAAU